UUUUUUUUUAAAAAAAAUAAUUGAAACCUAUUUACAAUUACAUCCAAAGUUCAACACUUGCUUAAUAAGUGCACAUCUUAAAAGAAAAAAAAUCAGAGGUUUUUUUUAAUUUUAUAAUUUUGCUUUAUUAAAAAUUAUAAAAAAAAAAUACAAAAAAAAAUAGUUUUAAAUUUCGCACAAUCUCACACUUUUUUUUACAUUAAAUUAAUAUAACUUUAUUUAUAUAAACAUCCAUAAAUCAAACACAAAUAUAAAAAUGUCGUCCAUUAAUAGACAAGAUGAAAUGGAAGCAGGAGAAAUUGUUAUGGAAGGUAAACCCUACAAUGAAAAUAAAAAACGAGGUGUAGAUGAACUUUAUGGCUACUAUCGUUGUUUUGAAGAAGAAGAAGAAGAUCCAUUUGCUGAAUAUGAAAGACUUUCUCGUACAAAUAGAAGAAAAGAAGAGAACCGUGACGAAAAAAGACACCGUUCAUCGUCUUAUCAUCGCCGCUUUGAACAUAGAUCACCUUCGUACUCAUCAUCUAGAAGAAAACAUUCUCGAGAUUAUGAAAGUAAUUAUAAGGAUAAAAGAGAAAAUUCACAUGUAUCCUGUCGUGGUGAUAAUAACAAUCAUAGGCGCUCUAGAUCACCUUUAAGGAAAGAUAGCGUUAUCAAUACUGUCGCUAAUGAUAGUUCUUCUGAAAGUAAAAAAUACACUACGACUAUAGCUGAAGAAGAUAAGAGCCGACCUUCUAAAGUUGCAAAAGAAAAAGAAAUCCCAAUCGUUGAUUUUGAAAUUGAAGAUGAGGAAGAAAAGAAAAAAGAAGAAGACAGACUUAUUGAAGAGCGUAGAAAGAGAAGACAGGCUAUUUUAAAUAGAUACAAAUCAAGUCUUACCCCAUCUUCGCCUAAUACACCAUCAGCAAUCACUACUUCCUCUUCACCUAUUCAAAUAUUAACCUCUACUACUGAAGAAAAAAUGACGACUACUCCAUCACCCACGGAGCCUGAUAUGGAUAUUGAAAAGGAUAGUAAUGAUAUAGAUAAAUCAAGUGUGUCACCUUCUCAACAAAUUUCAGCAGCUGAUUAUGAUCCUUCAAUGGAUAAAGACCUUCAUCACAGUCGUUCUGAAACUGAUUUGCUCAAGAAAAAGGAUGAUCAAGAAAAAGUAAUUGAACGUAGUGAUAGUCAAGCAGAUAUGCUUGCUUCAGAUUAUACAGAAAAAUUAGAACAACCUAAAAUAACAACUGAAAUUGAUAUGUUUUCUGAUAAUUUAGAUAUGUUUGUUGCUGCUGCAGAUAUUACUGCUGUUGACCAGAACAGCGCUUUAAUAAAUAAUGCAACUGCAGCAACAAAUCCUAAUUUAACUGAUAACUGGGAUGAUCCUGAAGGCUAUUAUAACACUCGUAUUGGCGAAAUUUUGGAUAAAAGAUAUCAAGUACUUGCUCAUUUAGGACGAGGUGUUUUUAGCUCCGUUGUCAAAGCCAAAGAUCAAAAAACAAAUGAAGAGAUAGCCAUUAAAUUAAUCCGAAAUAAUGAAACAAUGUAAGUAAAUGAUGUUAUUAUAUGUAUAUAUGUAUGUACAUAUGUAUGUAUAUAUGUAUAUAUGUAUCUAUAUAUAUAUAUAUAUAUGUGUGUGUGUAUAUAACUGAUAAUUUGUUUAGGUACAAAGCAGGCCAAAAAGAAUUAACUUUCCUCAGGAGACUAAUGGAAGCAGAUCCUGAUAAUAAGAAACAUGUUAUCCGUUUACAAAGACACUUUGAACAUCGUUCACAUUUG